AUGUCUUCCAUACUUUCUGCCUUUGGCCGUCGAGUCUCUACCGAAGCUGAGCGUACGACUGGAUUCAUUGAGGCUGAGGCCAAUGAAAAGCUACUGUUUUUUGACAAUGUUUACCCGCUACAACUAGGCUUCUGGGAUCUUCGAUAUUGGUUGAUUCGCUUGGACAAGAACAGUGUCAAUCGUGUCGUUGAGAAGGUACUGCCGCCUGAGCUCGAUGCUAGUGUGAAAGAGAUCAUUCCCCGUUUCAAAGAAGGCGGGGCAUUCAUUCGGCUCACCUUGCCAGCGGAAGAAACUGCUCGUUCAGAGGUCAUGUCCAAGAUUCAAGCCAACCUGGCAACUCAUCAACCAACUCAAUGGUUCAACCCACUUCAGUCCCUUCGUGUCUUUGAGGUUCAAGGCCGCCCAUUCGUGGAAGACCUUGCCCGGUUCCCCUCUUCCCGAUUGCGUGUCGAGUUUGAAGGACCUGAUCUACCUCAGGAGACGCUGUACUCUCUGUUUCGCAAAUUUGGCAAAAUUCGCAAUAUAUUCCCCCAAUCUCCGUCGAGCAAGGACCUGCCAAGAUUUGCCAUCAUUCAAUUCCACCGUCUCAGAUCUGGUUCUGCUGCUCGUAAUUGCCUGCAUGGUCUCAAAUGGGAAGGGACGCGGAUUCACAUCCUCUUUGAACGGACUGAGAGAGCACACACGAUCCGUGAUUGGCUUACGUCGCAUCCAAGAUUCACGGUUCCGGCAGCGGCAGCUCUGAUUGCAGCCAUCACAGUAGCCAUUUUUGACCCUGUACGGACUUGGUUCAUUGAGCAGAAAGUGGGGCGUACGUUCCAUUUGAGUGACAACCGUUUCAUUCAAUGGAUCAAGACCAAGACGUAUGAUCUUGUUUCAUUCCACAAAUCGAGUCGUCCGAACCACCACUCAAUAUGGGAAAAUCGCGAUGGACAUGUCACUCAGUUGCAUCAAUGGCUUGCGGAAACUGGAGACCAAUCAUUCAUUGUUCUGCAAGGGCCUCGUGGCAGUGGCAAACGGGACCUUCUCCUCAAUCGUGUGUUACUCAAUAGGAAAGAAUUGCUGCUUCUCGACUGUGAGCAGCUGACGGAGACAAAGCAGGAUUCAAAGAUGAUUGCUGCGCUCGCUGAUCAAGUGGGAUACUUCCCCUUGUUUGGCUGGGUGAAUAGCAUGUCGAGCAUGAUGGACCUUGCUGCUCAAGGCCUGAUAGGAUCUUCUGCAGGCUUUAGUGAAACUCUCGAAGCGCAAGUCAAGAAGAUUCUCAACUCGACUGCGGCUGCGCUCCGUAGCCGUGCCUUGAAGGGCAAGCCAAGAGAGGUAAGGGAUGAAGACUGGCUUCAGCUCCAUCCCGAACAACGACCUGUUGUUGUGCUUGAUUCGUUCUUGCACAAGGGAGAAGAAUCGACACAGCUGUAUGCCAAUAUUUCCACCUGGGCAGCAGCCUUGGUCGAGAACAAUAUUGCACAUGUCGUGUUCUUGACGAGCAACUUGUCUUUCACCCAAGUCUUGACGAAGGCAUUGCCCACGCGAUCGCUUCGCACCAUUACCCUGGGAGAUGCCUCGCCCGAAGCGGCACGAGAAUAUAUUCGCAAGCGCCUUGAAGAUGAUCCUGUCUUCAAGGAGGAAGCACAGGGUCUUGAAUUGGAUCGCUGCAUUGACAUUCUCGGCGGUCGUCUUCAAGACAUGGAUCUCCUCGCUCAACGGCUUCGGAUUGGAGAAUGGCCUGAACAAGCAAUCGACGCGCUUAUUGAAGCGAGUGUCGGUGAUAUUAUUAAGAAGUUCUUGGUCAACGAUACGGACGAGAAGGCUGCAUGGAGUUCUCUGCAGGCCUGGACACAUGCUCAGACUGAUACUGGCGCGUGGCAAGUAAGUUACCAGAAGCUGCUCUUGGACCCAAUCAUCAAGGGUGACGAGGAAGCGCUCAAGGCGUUGGAGCAGGCAGAAUUCAUCAUCAUUGGCAAAAAAUUGGGUAGGCCAAGUGUUGUCAAGAUUGGGCGGCCAGUAUACAGAGCCGCCUUUGCCAAGCUGUGCUCAGACAAUGCGACUGUUGCUCGGAUGCAACUGAAGCGUGCUACACUACUAGCACAAAAGUCCAGCGAUGAGAUUCAGGUGAUUGAGAAGGAGCUCGGCGUGUUAAAGGACAUUGCCGCAGCACAGACAAUGGACCGUGUGCGAUACUUGCUGGACAAGCUAAAGGCUGCACAUGAAGAAGUGACAAAGAUUGAGCGAGAACAGACGAUGCUCAAGGAAGUGCUCAAGAAGGCGAUAUAG